CUACUCUGAGCCAGAGAGCAUGCUCACAAAUGCUCUGAACAUUUCUGAGUGGGCAGAGAUGGUGAUGAAGCUGCCUCCUCCUUAAGCAGGCUGCUUUCUGAACCAGCUCCGGCUCUGUCCCUGUGACUCUUUCCAGAAUUUGUUGGAAGCCAGCACUUGUUGAAAGUUCCCAGGCAUCUUGGUGGCGGGAACUGAAGACUUGGGGGUGAUGGGCUGUACCAGUUACAGGGCUGCAAGCAAAACAAGGCCCCUACAGAGUGGUACCCUCAACCUCUCCAGAGCUGGGGAUGCAGCCCAGUUAUCCCUGAGCCUCCAUGGAGGAGCACCUGUGGGUUCUGUUGCUCAGCUGUCCUGAUUCCCUGGGAACAGCGCCAGGGUUUGCACUGGGAAACUUCCAGGCCGCACUGCAGGCUCCUAGGAUAUGACUGUCGGUCAAGCCAAGGGGCGGGCACAUGGCCCAGGCUCAGCCAAUUGGGCAUCCUCUCUUGAUUCUUGAGAAUGGAGAAGAUGAUAAAAAGGGGUUGGGAAGGAUUCAUUCUGGGGACGCCUCCCUGAGUUCCUGCUGCGUGGAUCUCCAGGGCUGCCCUGGGCCCCUGUCCUCUCUGGAUUUGCAGCUGGAUUGAUUCUGUGCCUCCCUACAGCCUCCCGUGCAUCCCUCCUUGCCCAGAGUAGCCCGGGCAGUCUCUGCUGCUGGCUGAUACCCUUUGGCUCCUGCCAACACCUUCACCAGCCAUGGUCCAAACCACUCCCACCCUGAUAGCCCCCUUCUGCUUUGAAGGCUCUGUCUACGGUUUGCACAGGCUGUGUAAGCUAUUCUGUGCCUCCGAACUUUUGUCCCUGCCAUUCCUUCUGCCAGAAUGCCCUUCCCACCUUCUCCUCUCAUUCUCAUCCUCGUGAAACACCUCGGACACUGCCGAUUCUGGGGGACUCCCCCACCCCUCCUCGAACUGGGCCGACUCCUUCUCUGGGCAGCCCCAGCCCCUGAGCUCCUCUCCCUCUGCAUCCAUGCCGCCCACACCUGCAUCCACCUCCCUGCUGAGUCUGAACCCAAGGCCAGAGCCAGGACCCUUCACAUUCAUUCUCAGUCGGUGCUCAGCACAUAAGCGAGGGGCUCUAGGACCAUGGGGAGGCAGCCCCGGGCACCUGUCAGGGACUCCUGAGUUGGCAGGGGCUGAUCUCACUGCCUGCUGGUGAGGGGUCGUGAAGGGGAUGAGUCCAAACCCCUGCCCCUGCCUCCAGCCCAGCCCCGACCCUGGCCCCAGCCCCAGCCUUUGAUCCAGAUCUUGCCCCAGCCUUGCCCCAACUCCAACCACAGACCUGAAACCCCAGCCCUUGCUCUGCCCCCGAAUGGACCCCGGCCUCUCCCUCAUUCCUGGCCCCUUCUCCAGCUCAGGCCCUGCCCUGGCUCCUACCUCCUUCACCCUCUCUGGGGACCUUUCCCACCCACAGCGUUCUUCCCGAGUGGAGCCCACACUGAGCUGUGACUUCCCAGGAGUCAUCUGAGGUGACCCAGCUCUGAGCCAAUGGAAGCCUUUGAGGGGGAAGGCCAGGCCAGCCAGCAUGGUGGUGGAUCCUGCAAUGGACACAUCAUGAGGACAGAAGCCAGCAUUGUGAUGUCACAGCCUGGCUGUGGCUUUGUGCUCCUGGAGCUGUAGGUGGGGAUGCUAGCACUGGCUUCCAAGGAUCCGAAGAAGAAGCUGCAGUUGUGACUGUUCCUUUUUGGUCUGUCUUCAUCCUGUCUGGCUCACGUGGCUCCUGUCCUCCUGCGUAGCUUGUGGCAGUGGGGUGAUGGCAGCCAUGGACACAGGCCAGAGAGCUGGCCCAAGCAAUCCUGGUGACAAGGAAGAGGACCUUCAAGAGCUGUGGCAGGAACUCUACCAGCUCCAGGCUAAGCAGAAGAAGCUCAAGAGAGAAGUCGAGAAGCACAAGCUUUUUGAAGACUAUCUGAUUAAGGUCCUUGAGAAAAUCCCCGAGGGCUGCACGGGAUGGGAGGAGCCGGAGGAGGCGCUGGUGGAGGCCAUGGUGAAGCACUACGGGAAGCUCUUCACAGCCAGCCAGGACACGCAGAAGCGCCUCGAGGCAUUCUCCCAGAUGAGCCAGGCCGUCCACCGGAGCCUGGAGUCUCUAGAGGAGGGUCACAGGGCUCUCAUGGCGAGCCUCAAGAUCCGGCUAUAUCAGCUGCAGAAGAAGUGUCACCGCAAGCAGGAGCAGUGGUGGAAGCUGGAGCACAGCAUCACUUACCAGAAGGACAUUGACUUUGACGCAAACACACACACCAGCAGCAGCUAUAGUGAUCAGCUGCUCAGCUACAUGCAAAUGACCAUCACCAACAUGGCCCGGCAGUGCUGCCCCUCUGCCCACAGCAUGCCCAAGAGCAUGGAUCUCUUCUCCAAGCUCAAUCUGAUUAAGGAGUUCAUGUUGGACAAAAUGGAGACUGUAAGACUGAUCGCACUGCUCACGGAACCCAGAGUGUGCUGGUCUUGGAACAGCCUCAGGGACCAGGGGCUCAGAAGACACUCCAAACCCUUCAGGAAAUGUCCAAGGAGCUGGGUUUCCACCCCCAGGACCCCCUUUCCCAGACCCCAUGCUUCAGAGUGCUCCAGCCUGUACUGACCGGCCUACGCCUUGCAGGCCCCGUAGCAUCACGACUUCUCCUUA